AUGGCCUCGUACUGCGACGGACUGGGCGCCUGCUCGAACCCGCGCGGCCAGGCCCGGGCCACCGCAGCGCACCCCCCGGGCUAUGCGCGCGGUGACCUGGGAACCGCAGGCGGUGGCCCGCGCCUGUGGGUGAAUGCGCCCGUGCUCAGCCCUGCGCCCUACGCGUCGGGCCCUGGACCCGCACCACCGUAUGCGGCCCCGGGCUACGCAGCCCCGAGCCCGCUCCUCGGCGCCGCGGGCGGCCUGGCGGGAGCCGACCUCGCGUGGCUGAGCCUCUCGGGCCAACAGGAGCUACUGAGGCUGGUGCGGCCGCCCUACUCCUACUCAGCGCUCAUCGCCAUGGCCAUCCAGAGUGCGCCACUACGGAAGCUGACGCUCAGCCAGAUCUACCAGUACGUGGCCAGCAACUUCCCUUUCUACAAACGGAGCAAGGCUGGCUGGCAGAACUCUAUCCGCCACAACCUGUCGCUCAACGACUGCUUCAAGAAGGUGCCCCGCGACGAGAACGACCCAGGCAAAGGCAAUUACUGGACCCUGGACCCAAACUGCGAGAAGAUGUUCGACAAUGGGAACUUCCGGAGGAAGAGGAAGAGGAGAGGGGAGGCAAGUGCCGCCGCCCCCUCAGGAGUUAGAGACCCAGGGGGAGACCCCGCGCCUGCGCUGGAGCCCCAGGGCACAACCUCCCCCGACCUGCAGGCCUCGCCGUCCCCGCCCGCGCCCGAGGCUGCCGCCUGUUUCUCCAGCUUCUCCUCCGCCAUGGGCGCCCUGGCCGGCAGCCUAGGAGCCUUCCCCGGGGGCCUGGCGGGCGACUUUCCCUUCGGGAGGCCAACGAUGGUGCCCACGCAGAGUCCCCAGACCCCUGGCCCCAUGCCGGGCUUUGCCUCUGGCCAUCAGAUGACUGCCACCGGCUUUCGCGUCAGUAACCUUGUCUACAGCCGGGCAGGGACUGAAAUUUGA